ACAUAGGCUACUGUAUGCUCUCUGGGAUAGAACAAAUUCAGGGAAAGGGUUAUGGAGAGGCGUUUGACUUUGACGGAUUACAACAUUAUGGUGUUCGCUUGAAGCUGCGAGUUGCUCCUCACACAAUAUCUCUCUGGGAUCCCAGGGCUGGUAAUUAAUACGAGAGCGCAACUGGUAGCUACCAGCUUGAAGUUACUCUGGAACAUCAGUUUCUAUUUCAAGCUAAUUCACCGCAACAUGAGAAAGUAGCCUAUAUGCACACCUUCUAGCAAAUACUUGCGGUGGCACUCUACAAAUGUGGUCAUCAGGACAAUGCUGAAAAACUUUGGUUUGUCAUCAAAGAUGCCAGCGUAACGUAGGCUAUUCCGAACAGCUGGGGCUCGGGCUAUUGUUUAUCUUUUGUUUCGUAGUGAAGCAGUCCAAAUAAGUCUACCAAAGUUUUUGUUUACAUCAACCAUAUUUUCUAUCGUCUUGAUAAGUAACUUUUGGAUAAAAAACAACUAUGGCAGAACACGAGAGUUUGGAGUUCGGGAAGGCGGAUUUUGUUCUUCUGGACAACGUGUCCAUGGAAGAAUUUAUGGCUAACCUCAAGCUCAGGUUUGAAAAGGGCCGCAUCUACAGCUACAUCGGGGAGGUGGUGGUGUCGGUCAACCCCUACCGUGCCAUGAACAUCUAUGACCGCAACACGAUCGAGCAGUACAAGGGCCGGGAGCUGUACGAGCGCCCGCCACACCUGUUCGCCAUCGCAGACGCGGCCUACAAAGCCAUGAAGAGGAGGAACAAGGACACCUGUAUUGUCAUCUCAGGGGAGAGUGGCGCUGGAAAGACAGAGGCCAGCAAAUACAUCAUGCAAUACAUCGCUGCUAUCACCAACCCCAACCAAAGAGCAGAGGUGGAGAGGGUGAAAAACAUGCUGCUCAAGUCCAACUGUGUUCUGGAGGCUUUCGGUAACGCCAAGACCAACCGCAACGACAACUCCAGCCGCUUCGGCAAGUACAUGGACAUCAACUUUGACUUCAAAGGAGACCCCAUCGGCGGCCAUAUCAACAACUACCUGCUGGAGAAGUCCAGAGUCAUCUUCCAGCAGGAUGGCGAGAGAAGCUUUCACUCUUUUUACCAGCUGGUGAAGGGAGCUCCAGAUUCUCUGCUGCGCUCUCUGCACAUCCAGAAGGACUCCACUGCCUACAGCUACAUUAAAGUCGGUGGACAGGUCAAGUCCUCCAUUAACGAUGGUGCUGAUUUCAAAGCUGUGGCCGAUGCCAUGAAGGUGAUCGGUUUCACACCGGAAGAGAUCCAAACCGUUUACAAAAUCCUGGCUGCCAUCAUUCAUCUGGGCAACCUGAAGUUCGGCACAGACGGCGACGUGACGCUGAUCGAGACCACCAAGCUGGUGGCCAUCCUGGGCGACCUGCUGUCCACCAAGGAGGAGAGCGUGGAGAAGGCGCUGCUCUACCGCACCGUGGCCACCGGACGGGACAUCAUCGACAAGCAGCACACGGCCCAGGAGGCCAGCUACGGCCGGGAGGCCCUGUCCAAGGCCAUUUAUGAGCGUCUCUUCUGCUGGAUAGUGGGACGGAUCAAUGACGUCAUUGAGGUGAAGAACUAUGACGCCAGGGUGCAUGGGAAGAACACGGUCAUUGGCGUGCUGGACAUCUAUGGCUUCGAGAUCUUCCAGAACAACAGCUUUGAGCAGUUCUGUAUCAACUACUGCAAUGAGAAGCUGCAGCAGCUUUUCAUUCAGCUGGUGCUGAAACAGGAACAAGAGGAGUACCAGCGAGAAGGCAUCCCCUGGAAACAUAUCGACUACUUUAAUAAUCAGAUCAUUGUGGACCUGGUGGAGCAGCAGCACAAGGGCAUUUUCGCCGUGCUGGACGAGGCCUGUAUGAACGUGGGCAAAGUCACAGACGAGAUGUUCCUGCAGGCGCUCAACGGCAAGCUGGCCAAACAUGCCCACUACAAAAGCCGAAAGCUUUUACCUACCGACAAGACUCUGGAGUUUGACCGGGACUUCCGCAUCAGACACUACGCAGGGGAUGUGGUGUACUCUGUUGUUGGCUUCAUUGACAAGAACAAGGACACCCUCUUUCAGGACUUUAAGAGGCUCCUGUAUAACAGCUCCAACUCGGUGCUGAAGGGCAUGUGGCCCGAGGGGAAGCUCAGCAUCACUGAGGUGACCAAGAGGCCACUGACUGCAGCCACCCUCUUCAAGAACUCCAUGAUCUCACUGGUGGAGAACCUAGCAUCCAAGGAGCCCUACUACGUGCGCUGCAUCAAGCCCAACGACGUGAAGUCGCCGCUGCUGUUCGAGGACCAGCGGUGUCGGCAUCAGGUGGAGUACCUGGGCCUGCUGGAGAACGUGCGCGUGCGACGCGCCGGCUACGCCACCCGCCAGGUUUACGCCCGCUUCCUCCAAAGGUACAAGAUGAUCUCAGAGUUCACGUGGCCCAACCACGAAUUCCCCUCAGACAAGGAGGCGGUGAAGCGUCUGAUUACAGGCUGUGGCUUCGAGCACGACGUGGCCUACGGCAACACCAAGAUCUUCAUCCGCACGCCGCGCACCAUCUUCAGCCUGGAGGAGCAGCGCGCCGACAUGGUCCAGAGGAUCGUGCUCUUCCUGCAGAAGGUAUGGCGUGGCACCAUCGCCCGGAUGCGCUACCGGCGGAUGCGAGCCGCCGCCAUCAUCCUCCGGGCCUACCGCCGCUACAAGGUGAAGUCCUACAUCCGUGAGGUGAACCGCCGCUUCAAGAACAUCCGUAGCAUGAAGGACAACGGGAAACACGUCAAGUGGCCCACGCCGCCCAAAGUGCUGCGCAAGUUCGAGGAGGCCAUUAGAAACAUCUACAACAGGUGGUGGGGCUGGUCGCUGAUCAAAGGCCUCUCCCCAGAGGAGACGCUGCAGGUGAGGGCCAAGGUGGCCACGCUGGAGUUGCUGAAGGGCCAGCGAGCUGACCUGGGGCUGCAGAGAGCCUGGGAGGGAAACUACCUGAAGCGGGAUAGCCCUGAGACGGCCUCCUCCUUCACCCUGGUGUCCAGCAACCUUCAACGCAAGGACAAGUUCAUGAGGGUCCUUUUCUCCUCUAAUGUCCGCAAGAUCAACCAUUUCAACAAAUCGGCGGACCGAGCUGUGCUCAUCACGGAUAGACACCUGUACAAGAUGGACCCCGUCAAACAGUACAAACCAAUGAAGAGCAUCCCUCUCUAUAAUGUGACUGGAAUGAGUGUGUCCCCAGGGAAAGACCAGCUGGUCGUCUUCCACACCAAGGAUGGCCGAGAUUUGGUGGUAUGCCUACAAGGCAUGACGCCAGCGGGGGAGAGCCGCAUCGGCGAGCUGGUGGGGACCCUGUUCAGUCACUUCAAAAGUGAGAAGCGGAAGCUGCAGGUGAACAUCGGCAGCCCCAUCCAGUGCAGCCUGAACGGGAAGAAGUGCACCAUCGUAGUGGAGCCCAAGAUCAACCAGUCGCAGCCCGACUUCACCAAGAACCGCUCCGGAUACAUCCUCGCCGUGCCAGUCAACUAAACAGGGAUCCGAGUCGGGGGUCGACGAGGGGGGGAGGCGCCAUCCAGGAAACCAACAGGACCAUGGGAAGCCAUAACCAUUUCUGUGCACCUCCUUCCACCUUUUCAUAGAACUGAACUGAUUUCAGAGAUCAAAAGCCAUAGCGAAAUUCUCCAGUGAAACAGGCGUCCUAUUGAACCACGCUUAGCCGCAUUGACUAGUGUGUUCGCUUGUUUCAUUUGUAUGUAAAUGGGCGAUGUCGUCAGAAUAACGUCCUGUGCUUUUUUAAUUGCUUGUAAUUCCUCAUACUUGCUAUCCACCAAAGUCAUUCACCAAAGAGUCGCAUAUUCAAACGUGGGUGAUGUAAGAAUAUAGGAAAUCCCACACAGGGAGUUAAACCAAUUUCAUUUUCUUUUUUUUACAAGCCAAAUGAGGGGAAAAAAUUAUUAAUGUAAUGUUUGUGCAGACCAAACAAUGUAGUAGUAUUCACUCAGACUGAAAUAUCAGAUAAUUUGCCAUGAGGCAUUUCCUAUUAGUUUAUGAUGAAAGAGAUUAUAUCAGACCACAGCUAAGACUGUGAUUAUUUUUGACCUUUUGUAGAUUGUAUUCAUUCGGGUCAAUGACAUUGAUAAAUUCGUUUUGGGUAGUGUGUUCCUAAAAAUCCUUGAAAAUUCUUGGAAAUCCUUUUCCUUUUGAAGUGGAGACCAAAUUGUGGGUGCGUGCAUGUGUGUGUGUGUGUGUGUGUGUGUGUGUGUGUGUGUGUGUGUGUGUGUGUGUGUGUGUGUGUGCGUGUGUGUGAGAGUGUGUGUGUGUGAGUGAGAGAGAGAGUGUGUUUGUGUGUGUGUGUGUGUGUGUGUGUGUGUGUGUGUGUGUGUGUGUGUGUGUGUGUGUGUGUGUGUGUGUGUGUGUGUGUGUGUGUGUGUGUGUGUGUAACGAUGAGAGCACUUUCCCAUGUCAGGUGUAGACAAGGAUGUGUUGAUCAUGUCCUCAUUUUCUUCUACAGCUCCGAGUAGAGCAUUACAACUCUCUUCUAACUUAAUCACUUUUAAUUAGUAUCCUCUACAUUUACUACAACACUACAUGCAAGUACUAACUAAUGCAAAAAAAAACACUUGCCAACAUUGAAUGUUCCAAUUGUAUGCAAUGUAGCCUAUAUCCUAAAUGCAGUGUAUUUUAGUAUCCAUUUGUCUUGAGAGGCACAAUGACAUGAAGAAAUUAAUAUUAAAAUCGUUGAUUUUUUUUGUAUACUGUUUCCAUACUGUAUGUAUGUAUACUAAAUGUAAGAUGAAUGGCACUAAGAUGAGAUGGUAGCGGUGGGCAGCCUCCAGGCAGGGAGCAUGCGGUGGUGUUGUCCUGCAUGUAAUCCCCUCAUUAGGCCCCAUAAUAGGUUAGAUAGAGGCUCUUUUGAGUGGGCCAAGGCAGGUUGUGGAGGUGGGCUCUCACCCCUGACAGAGGAGCCACUCGAGUCGCACACACACACCCCCCCUCUCCUCCGACACAAUGG